AUGGACGUGGACGUGGACGUGGAUCUUGACGUGGACCUGGACGUGGACGUGGACCUGGACAUGGACGUGGACGUGGACGUGGACGUGUUCGUGGACGUGGACAUAGACGUGCACUUGGACGUGGACUGGACCUGGACCUGGACGUGGACUUGGACGUGGACGUGGACGUGGUUGUGGACGUGGACCUGGACGUGGACGUGGACGUGGUCGUGGACGUGGACGUGGACGUGGAAAGGUCGUGGACGUGGACGUGGACGUGGACGUGGACGUGGACGUGGACUGGACCUGGACGUGGAUGUGGACGUGUACCUAGACGUGGACGUGGACUUGGACGUGACGUGGACAUUGGACGUGGACGUGGAGGACGUGGACGUGGACAUGGAGGACGUGGACGUGGACGUGGACUUGGACGUGGACCUGGAUCUGGACGCGGACGUGGACGUGGACGUGGACGUGGACCUAGACGUGGACGUGGACGUGGACGUAGACGUGGAUGUGGACGUGGACGUGGACGUGGACGUGGUUGUGGACGUGGACGUCGACGUGGACGUGGAUCUGGACCUGGACGUGGACGUGGACCUGGACGUGGACGUGGACUUGGACGUGGACGUGGACGUGGACGUGAUCGUGGACGUGGACGUGGACGUGUCGUGGACGUGGACGUGGUCGUGGACGAGACGUGGACGUGGACGUGACCUCGACAUGGACGUGGACGUGGACGUGGACAUGGAUGUGGACCUGGACGUGGACGUGGACGUGGACACGUGGACCUUGGACGUGGACUUGGACGUGGACGUGGACCUGGACGUGGACUUGGACGUGGACGUGGACGUGGACGUGGACGUGGUUGUGGACGUGGACGUGGACGUGGACUGGACCGUGGUCGUGGACGUGGACGUGGACGUGGUCGUGGACGUGGACGUGGACGUGGACGUGGUCGUGGACGUGGACGUGGACGUGGACGUGGACGUGGUCGUGGACGUGGACGUGGACGACGUGGACGUGGACGUGGAGGACGUGGACGUGGACGUGGACGUAGACGUGGACUUGGACGUGGACCUGGACGUGGACGUGGACGUGGACCUGGACGGACCUGGACCUGGAUUGGACGUGGACGUGGACGUGGAUGGGAUGUGGACGUGGACGUGGACGUGGACGUAG